AGUGGUAAAAACGUAAUAAAUAAUAACAUACUCGUCACGGGGCCCCACCAUUGCCUUGGGGUGUUCUCCAAGCUGCUUUUAUAUAUAUACGUGUCGGCUCGUCUUCCAUUUUUUUUUAUAUCACAGUUCCGAUCGUCUCUCUUUACAUCCACUCAUUGUUAUCUCUUUUGCUCAUCUACCAUGGCGACGAAGAGAAGCGUUGGAACAUUGAAGGAAGCGGAUCUGAAGGGAAAGAGCGUGUUCGUGAGAGUCGAUCUCAACGUUCCUUUGGACGAUAACUCCAACAUCACCGAUGACACCAGGAUUCGCGCCGCUGUUCCUACCAUCAAGUACUUGAUGGGGAACGGAUCUAGGGUUGUUCUCUGCAGUCACUUGGGUCGCCCAAAAGGUGUUACCCCUAAAUUCAGCUUAAAGCCUCUCGUACCAAGAUUGUCUGAGCUUCUUGGUGUUGAGGUCGUGAUGGCGAACGACUCAAUAGGCGAGGAAGUCCAGAAACUUGUCGCGGGACUACCCGAAGGCGGCGUCCUCCUCCUGGAGAACGUGAGGUUCUACAAGGAAGAAGAGAAGAACGACCCCGAGUUCGCCAAAAAGCUCGCCGCCCUCGCCGACGUCUACGUCAACGACGCUUUCGGCACUGCUCACAGAGCCCACGCUUCCACCGAGGGAGUCGCCAAGUACCUGAAGCCUUCCGUCGCCGGUUUCCUCAUGCAGAAGGAGCUCGAUUACCUCGUCGGAGCUGUGGCCAACCCCAAGAAGCCUUUUGCAGCCAUCGUCGGAGGCUCGAAGGUUUCGACCAAGAUCGGUGUCAUCGAGUCGCUCUUGUCCACCGUUGACAUAUUGUUGCUCGGUGGAGGUAUGAUCUUCACUUUCUACAAGGCGCAGGGACACUCGGUGGGAUCUUCACUUGUGGAAGAGGACAAGCUUAAUUUGGCUAAGUCGCUUAUGGAGAAGGCUAAAGCCAAAGGUGUCUCUCUCUUGCUCCCAACCGAUGUUGUUAUUGCUGACAAGUUCGCUCCAGAUGCUAACAGCAAGACAGUGGCCGCCACGGCAAUCCCAGAUGGCUGGAUGGGACUUGAUAUUGGUCCAGAUUCCAUCAAGACAUUCAGUGAUGCUCUGGACACAACCAAAACCAUCAUCUGGAAUGGUCCCAUGGGUGUUUUUGAAUUCGAAAAGUUUGCAGCUGGAACCGAGGCCGUGGCUAAGCAGCUAGCGGAGCUGAGCGGAAAGGGAGUGACGACAAUCAUAGGAGGAGGUGACUCUGUGGCUGCGGUUGAGAAGGUUGGUUUGGCUGACAAGAUGAGCCACAUCUCUACCGGAGGAGGUGCGAGUCUGGAGCUUCUAGAGGGGAAGCCACUUCCAGGAGUCCUCGCUCUCGACGACGCCUGAAUUUCAUCUCUCUUGUGAUAUAUGAUAAUAAUGUUUACAGAGUCUUGUCUGGUUUUCUUUAUGACCAGAUGAACAAAAGCUAUUACUAUUGUCAUGCUUGAGUUUUUUCUGUUUACGUCUCUCUUUUUGGAGUUUUUGUUUGGAACCUUUUUUUAAUAAAAGAGAGAUGAAACUUUGAUUA